GUAUUUUCGUUUCGGUCUCCUCACAUUUUCCGAGUUUGAAAGGAGGCGGAAAGUAUCACAACUGCAAUCUCUUGAUUUCAUUCAACAUAUCCCUAAUUACCAAUCAUCCCAUACAAAAAUUUCUCUUGAUUUCAUUCAACAUAGCCUUAAUUACCAAUCGUCCCAUACAAAAAUUAGUAAUGAAGUGAUAAAUGCAUGUGAAUGGGGAUAAUAUGAAAGCUUCUUGUAGUUGUUUACAAAUUGAACGUCUCCGUUCAAGUUCAUUUUGCCAUUGGAAGCCAUCGUUUCUUCUUCCGCGGUGAACCUGUGACUGUGAGCUGAUUAUCUUUCUCAUCGUUAUCACGAUCCCAUGAUCAUAACCUGAAGACAUGGAUUGUUUGACUUGCCCCUUCUGUCAGCUGACAAUGUCGUUCCAAGAACUUGAAAGGCACGCUAACAAUCACUUCGAGGAGGAUGAACUAGCAAGAGACAUGGAGUUGGCGCAGCAAAUUUCACUUGCCCCGCCAAGUCCCCCACAAUUUCUGAAAAAUGAAGUGGAGAUUUACAUUCCAUUUGAAACUAGUUUUGAAGAAAAUUCUGAAAGUUCUAUCUCGAGGUAUGGCAAAGGAAUUAAUCGUGAUGGAGAAAAGGAAAUUGAUGAAAAGGUCUCUUGUUUAAUUAGUUUACAAAUUAGGAGUGAAUUCCAAAAAGUUGAAGAUGGUUUGAUUUCAUUGUUGAGAAAAUGUUUAGAGUCAGAAGCUGGAAAUUCAAUGAGUUUAUUAUGUGGCCCAUUGGAUCAUUUCCAAAGUAUUGAAUUGGAGGAUGUUGGUUGGGGUUGUGGGUGGCGUAACAUUCAAAUGCUUAGCUCUCACUUGCUUAAGCAAAGAGAGGAGGUGAAGGAGGUUCUGUUCGGUGGCUCAGGUUUUGUUCCUGAUAUUACAUCACUUCAGAGAUGGCUUGAGAUUGCUUGGGAAAAGGGUUUCGAUAGAGUUGGGUCAGAUCAUUUUGACCGCAAAAUUUGUGGCUUCAUGAGUUGGAUCGGAACAACUGAAUGUGCAACACUUUUCCGAUCUUUCGGGCUUCGUGCAAGGAUAGUGGAUUUUGAUCACAAGGCAAUUGAAUCAUCAAUUCCUGGUUUGAAUUAUGAAGCAUGGGAAAAGAAACCAAUUGAUGGAGACAAGAGGAAAGCAGUGCAAGUUUAUGGUCCAAUGGACAGAUUUGUAUGUAGAAGAAAUCAUGAUGCUACCCAAGCAGGAUCCAGUAGUCAUGAAGAGUGUUCUACCACCCAUCUUGGGGAUGGGUUGGGUACUUCUCUUUGCAGUCGUGAUAAUUUGGCAGGUAGUUAUGAGUUUGGCAAGCUCCUGUCAGGCAAGGUAAAGGGUCAUCAGGUGCUAAUUGAUUGGGUUUGGAAUUACUUCUCUGAAAAUAAGUUCACCAAAUCAGAUGGCCACUCAGUUUUUGUUACUGGCAGAGCGCCUUUGUACUUCCAGCAUGAUGGUCAUUCAAGAACGAUUGUCGGGAUUCAAGUCAAACAUCAAAAAAAUGGGAUGCAGCAGCAUAACCUAUUAAUUUUGGAUCCUGCUCAUAGAACGGCAGCUCUGGAAAGUUCACUAAAAGAAAAUUUUGGAUGGCAGAAGCUUAUAAAAAGAGGAAUUCACACUCUGAAGAAGCAACAGUACCAGUUGUGUUAUAUUGAUCCUGGAAUUGCUUGUGCGGAGGAGAUGGAGCAACUCAAAACCUUAGAUAGUGCCCUUUUUGUAUUCUAGAUGGAUAUCUUCUACUUUUGUGCUUCAUGCAGCAGUGCCACUUCCCAACAGCACAUGAAAGCCACUCCACAAAAAGUAAAUCUCAGAUCCUGAUAGAGAAACAGAAUGACUCAACUAUGAGUUGGAAAGUUAGUAGCUUCCCCUUUUUGUUUUGUGUGUUAGAGAUGAAAAAUAUACCUGAAACUGUGUGAACUAUUUUGUGUCUUUUUCCCUACUGCAGAUUCAAAUAAUUUUGAAGAAAUUAUAGUCGUCUAUGCUGAAACCAUGUGCCCUUAUUUACUUGAUGUAUAGUUUGUUCUUGCCAGCUUCUUAAAUCUAUGUUGAUUAUAAUGCUAUUUAAGGUUUGGAGUCGGCCUUUCAAGCUCUCUCUGGUUUUCAUCAUUUGAGACAAAGGGGGAAAACCUUGGUUGUAGAUUGAUCAUAGUCUCAAUAGGUUCUUCAAGAGCUCGGCAAUCUUCCGGGUGAGCUGGAAAAUUGGGAUUAGAACCUAUCCUUAUACCUGUUUGCAAGAAAAUACAAAACGAUAUUUCUUCACCCACAUUUUGGUGUAGAAGGAUUGAAAGCUGGAGAUGUUGCACAGAUUAUGUUAUUCAACAUUCCUGUCCAAGGCAUGUAUUGUGGUUUUUUAUAAUAGUAUAAAACUAAAAAAAAUAUUUGUGAAGCAUUUGGAUUCGAAGUGUGUUGUAUUUAUUAUUGAAAUAUCAGCCUAAUGGCAUUUGAUGAGUAUAGCAGGAA